AUGCCUGUCCCCGUCGUACCCCACUCUGAAGUCGAUGUUCUCAUUAUUGGGGCUGGCCCUGCUGGCCUCAUGUGUGCGAACGCUCUGGCAAAUGCGAAAGUGAAUGUUCGGGUCAUCGAUAAAAGGGCUGCUCGAGUAGCCGCCGGUCAGGCUGAUGGACUUUCACCUCGUACUAUUGAAGUUUUCCAGAGCUAUGGCAUUGCAGAGCGCCUUUUGAAGGAAUCUGUUCAAGUCCACCAAGCGGCUUUCUAUAACCCUUCCCCGUCCGGCGGUAUCGAGCUUACCAGCAGAACACAAGAUGUAGUAGCUCCGUCUGCAAGAUACCCAUUCGAGGUAUAUUCCAUGAAACCGCUUGGUGUCGAGGUUGAGUGGUCAACGUUACCAGCUUCGAUAGAGAUCUGCAAGGACGAACAUGUGUUGAUGGACCCUGCAUCGCAUCCUGUUCGCGUUGUUCUCCAAAAACUGGACGCCCCUGAGGGUCAACUACAAGAAGAGAUUGUCCAUGCUAAAUAUGUUGUUGGAGCUGAUGGCGCUCACUCAUGGGUUCGCAAACAAUUUGAUAUUACGAUGGAUGGCGAACAAUCUGAUUUCAUCUGGGGUGUCAUGGACAUGGUGCCUGACACGGAUUUCCCGGAUGUUAGGAAUAAGUGUCUUAUGCAUUCCAACAAUGGCUCAAUUCUUCUUGUACCUCGAGAACAAGAUCGCCUCCGCGUGUAUGUGCAACUAGAGAACAAGGAUAUCAUCGAUCCAGCAACAGGUAGAGUAGACAAGGAUAGAAUGGGUCCAGAUGAAAUGCUUGAAGUUGCCCGAAAAUCGUUUAGCCCUUACAAAAUAUCCCCGACGACUGGGUUUUUGUGGUGGACACUAUAUAUCAUCGGGCAACGAGUGGCCUCACAGUUUUCCGUCAAAAACCGAGUACUUAUCGUCGGCGAUGCUUGUCAUACACACUCUCCGAAAGCAGGCAAGUGUCUUAAAUCCGGACCUUCCCUAUCAAUCGCCCUAGUGGUUCGUGGUUGGGCAGAUCUAUCACUUUUGUCAACGUACGAAUCAGAGCGCCGUAAAUUCGCAUUGGACCUCAUCGUAUUUGAUAAAAUGUAUUCCACCCUCUUUUCUGGGAAGCCCUUAUCCCAGGAGAACAGCCAUGGGGUUGCGCCCGAGCAUUUCUUGAAGAUAUUUAAACAGUUCGGAGGCUUCACCAGUGGCAUUGGGGUACAUUAUGAACCUUCGAUUGCAACACUUGACAAAAACCAAGAGUUGGCCAGUGGUCUAGUGAUUGGCGAACGUUUCCCUCCAUACAAAUUCAUCCGCGCUGCAGACGCAUGGCCCUUUGAAAUCCAGGACCUUCUUCCUGCAGACUUCCGCUUCAAAUUGCUCGUUUUCACUGGUGACUUCAGCGACCCACUUCAAAAUGCGAGGGUUGAGUCGAUGGUUGCUACCAUGCAGAAACCCGAUAGCUUCCUAAACCGUUACGCGACGUCUAGCAAGGGCGCUGAAAACUCACGAUUUGACAUCAUCACCAUCAGCAAAGGUCGAAAAGAAGGAUUCAAUUUCUUGCAGUUCCCAACGCUUCUUCGCUCUCACUGGUCGAAGGUAUUUAUCGAUGACAUUGAUGUCACCAAUAGCUUCGGGGGGAAAGGCUACUCAUAUUAUGGUGUAGGCCAUGAGGGCGCAAUAGUUGCUGUUCGCCCCGAUGGCUAUGUUGGAGCCAUCGCGCCCCUGGAUCACGUUGAAGACCUUGAUGCGUAUUUCACAUCUUUCAUGACGGCUGCCGUUUAA